AUGCCUGAAGAGCUUCAAUUGAGAAAUCCAUACAUUAUAAAAGAUGUUUGGAAUGACAAUUUGGAAGCCGUAUUUAAAGACAUCAUCAAGCUUGUUCCAAAAUAUCCAUUUGUGGCAAUGGAUACCGAGUUUCCUGGUGUUGUUGUUCGUCCUCUAGGUGAAUUUAAAACACAAGGCGAAUUUCAGUAUCAAUAUUUGAAGUUGAAUGUCAACUUUUUGAAAAUAAUUCAACUUGGUUUAACGUUUAUGAAUGAAAAAGGAGAAAGCCCAUCCGAUGUUAGUACAUAUCAAUUCAAUUUUCAAUUUAACUUGACUUCGGAUAUGUAUGCUCAAGAGUCGAUCGAUUUACUACAAAAAUCUGGUAUACAAUUCAAACGAAUGGAACAUGAUGGCAUUGAUCCACAACAAUUUGCUGAAUUAUUAACAACAUCGGGAAUUGUAUUGAUGGAUAAUAUUGUUUGGUUAUCGUUUCAUGCAGGCUACGAUUUUGGUUAUCUAAUUAAAAUGUUAACCGGAAAACUGUUACCAGAAACAGAUGCAAAUUUUUUUGAACUAUUAAAAAUGUUCUUUCCAAAUAUUUAUGAUGUUAAAUAUUUGAUGAAAAGUUGUAAAAAUUUAAAAGGUGGUCUAGAAGAAGUGGCCAAACAACUUGAAAUUGAACGUAUUGGACCUCAACAUCAAGCUGGUAGUGAUAGUUUAAUGACUGGUUUAGCAUUUUUCAAAAUGAAAGAGAUGUUUUUUGAAGAUACUAUUGAUGAAAAUAAAUAUUGUGGUCAUCUGCAUGGUCUAGGACCGACUGCUUUUGCUUAUGAUAGCAGUGUGAUGGAAACAAUUGAGACAGAAUAUAGUCCAUAA